GAUACGCUGCAAACAACACCAUAAUCAGCCCGAUAAGUGUUCCUGAUACGCUCUCGGGAAUUUUGAUAGUUUGUCCUUUUUCCUUACCCGCUACUGAAUGUCGUGGAACCAAGUCAUCAGAGCUAUGACAUAAAAGUAUCCUCCUUUGCACUUUCAAGUAUUGUCAAUCAUGGCUUCGGAUAGGAUGGGGAGCAUUGGCGGCCCUCAGAGGGCUCAUUACUCACCGCCAUGGGCGAACACCAGCAUUAUUGGUGUCGCUGGCAGCUCAGGGUCUGGAAAGACGUCGCUCGCUAUGGCCAUCGUAUCUUCCUUGAAUCUUCCAUGGGUUGUUGUUCUGUCAAUGGACUCGUAUUAUAGGCCACUCACGCCAGAGCAAUCUGAAAAGGCGUAUAGAAACGAAUAUGAUUUUGACUCUCCCGAAGCCAUAGAUUUUGAUGCUCUCCUACAGACAUUGAGAGACUUGAAACAAGGAAAGAAGGCAGAUAUCCCCGUGUAUUCAUUUGAAAAACAUCAACGAGAGACGAAGACGAUCCCCAUAUAUUCCCCUCAUGUUCUUGUAGUUGAGGGCAUAUUUGCACUGUACGAUCCUCGCGUCGUUGAAUUAAUGGAUAUGAGGAUAUAUGCGGAAGCCGACCUUGAUGUUUGCCUUGCACGGCGAAUAACCCGCGAUGUCCGGGACAGGGGCAGAGAUAUAGAGGGCUGCAUAAAGCAGUGGUUUUCAUUUGUGAAGCCGAAUUAUAAUCGCUUUGUAGAACCUCAGCGGGUUAAUGCCGACAUCAUUGUACCUCGGAGCAUUGAAAACCGUGUGGCAAUCGACAUGGUUGUUCAACAUAUUCAGCGCAUCUUGACGCAGAAAUCACAAAAACACCAGGAUGAUUUGCAUAAGUUAGGGAUUGCUGUCAAGGACGAGCCACUUUCUCCCAACGUAUUACUGCUGAAACAGACCCCUCAAAUUGUUGCGAUGAGCACCAUUCUUCAAAACCCUUCAACUCACCAGGUAGACUUUGUCUUCUAUUUUGACCGCCUAACUACUUUACUCAUCACUAGAGCCAUGGAGAAUAUGCGGUACCGGGAGGCAACAGUCACUACACCUCAUGGAAACACCUAUCAUGGGCUGUUGCCAGCAGGAGAAGUAAGAAGUGAUGUCCCUGAAUCUACUGGCUUGGCUUAUGCACCGCAGGUCAGCGCUGUCGUAAUCUUGCGGGCCGGCAGCAGCAUGGAAACCGGCCUGAAGCGGGUGAUCCCGGAUUGUCGUACUGGUCGUCUGCUAAUCCAGACAAACUAUCGCACCGGCGAACCGGAACUACAUUAUCAGAAAUUGCCGGAAAAAAUUGAUCAGGAUGAAGGCGUGCUGUUACUUGAUCCACAGAUGUCAAGUGGAGGCGCUGCUCUCAUGGCUGUGAAGGUCUUGGUCGAUCACGGCAUUCCAGAAGAAAAAAUCACAUUUGUGACGUAUUUUGGAGGACGAUUGGGGAUCAAUCGACUACUCACCGUUUUCCCUGAUAUCAAGGUGGUCGUGAGUCAGGUAGUAGAAGACGUUGAAGAGCGAUGGAUAGCCGACAGAUACUUCGGAUGCUAAAGAUUCUCGAGGUUAUGCUUGGCCCACAAAUAUCUUUGGCUGUGAGAAUGAGAUCGAUAUCCUCCAUACCCUCUAAACACCUUUUCAUGAUAGAGGCGCCAAUGACAUGCGCCCUUUAUGCGGGCGUGAAUUCAGCAUAGAAGAAGUAUAUACCCACCAAAUUCGCAUUUUCGGAGUCAUUGUGCGCGUGAAAGGAUUUGCCGAGCUAAUGGAGAAAGAGGAAC